UCUCUGACUUUGUGUAGGGAAAUGCACCCUAACAACACAAUCUCUCUCUAACAACACAAUCUCUCUCAUCCUGUUUCCCUCCUUUUUAAAUCUAUUUAAAUUGAUUAAAGUUAGGGAAAGUUAGAAGCUAGGAAGUUAGAGGAUCUGCUCCCCUUCUUACCUCCGUAAUUCUUCUACCCUAUCAAACAGAUCCUACAUUGUUUAAUCAACCCUGUUUUAUUAUAUUUGGUGUCUUAUUCCCAAAAUCAAACGAAAAGAUGUCGAUCUUCGACUACAAUGGAAGUGCCCUAGUAGCUAUGGUAGGUAAGAACUGCUUCGCCAUUGCCAGCGAUCGAAGACUCGGUGUUCAGCUUCAGACCAUAGCCACCGAUUUCCAAAGGAUUUCCAAAAUUCACGAUAAGCUCUUCAUCGGUCUUUCUGGCCUCGCCACCGAUUCUCAGACACUGUAUCAGCGUCUCGUUUUUCGUCACAAACUGUAUCAGCUUCGUGAAGAGCGUGAUAUGAAGCCGGAGACAUUUGCUAGCUUAGUGUCGGCUAUUCUUUACGAGAAACGGUUUGGUCCAUACUUUUGCCAGCCUGUAAUUGCUGGACUAGGGGAUGAUGACAAACCCUUCAUUUGCACAAUGGAUGCAAUUGGAGCAAAGGAGCUUGCAAAAGAUUUUGUUGUUGCUGGGACUGCAUCUGAGUCUCUGUAUGGUGCUUGUGAAUCGAUGUUUAAGCCUGACAUGGAAGCCGAGGAAUUGUUUGAAACCAUCUCCCAGGCACUGCUAUCAUCUGUAGACCGUGACUGUCUUAGUGGCUGGGGUGGACAUGUCUAUGUUGUCACACCAACCGAAGUAAAGGAAAGGAUUUUGAAGGGAAGAAUGGAUUAACUUUUAAGCCAUACUCAACUACUUCAGUUCAUCAACUCAACUGCUUCAGUUCACUUUGUUUUCUGUUUUGCGUGGCCCAGCUAGCGAGUGGUUAACCACUUUAUUGCCACUUGGUCUUUCCUUUACUUUAGCGCCAAAUGCAGUCUGUUUUUCAUUAUUAUUGUUAGACUUAGAAGUCUUAACAGCACUAUUACCAGGAAAAUCAUCGAUUUUCUGAUAUGAGUUUUUCUCUUUCAUUGAACCUUUACUACUA